AACAAUUUUUGACCGUGUUAAGAUCAAGAGAGGACAUGAUAACUGGUGAUGGCAAGCUGUUUGAGCAUCUGAGCUGAAACCAAAAUAAACUGUGUAAAUGAAGUACUGGACUGAAGUGAGUUUGUUUAGGAGCCACGCGUCAGAUAUCCCUACAAACACCUCUGAGUGACAAGAUGGUCAUUUGUCGCUACAUUUUGUCAAAAAUUGCUUCUUUGUGGAUUAUCACGCAUCACUUUUGGAACUUUUGAGCUUUCUAUGGAUUCCGAUGAGGUUUGGAUUAAUUGGACCGGACGUGAUUUAAGGACCAGUUGCGACGAAGUGAGCUAAUGGAUUCAAGUGUUUCUACCACCUGUUGACCACCUGUGAGGUACAGACCAAUGGCCAAGUUGAUCCACCACACUCUCUUGAUAUUCUACAUCCUCACCUUCUUGUUCGGCCUUCCUGCCAACAUCCUAGCGUUCUUUACAUUCUGUCGAAAAGUUUACCGCAAACCCACCCCAAUCGACAUUCUCCUGCUAAACCUGACAAUAUCUGACCUCAUCUUCCUCGCAGUCCUGCCUUUCAAGAUGAAGGAGGCCAUUGACAACUUACACUGGAGCCUUCCCUAUUACCUGUGCUCCAUUAGCAGUUUCCUUUUCUUUUCCACCAUCUACACCAGCACAUUAUUUCUGACUGCGAUUAGCAUAGAACGCUAUCUAGGCGUUGCUUUUCCGAUCCGGUACGCUUUGGGCCGCCGGCCGCGCAACGCUGUGAUCGCAAGCUGCUUCCUCUGGCUUCUAGGAUCUCUCAACCUCAGCAUCGUGUACAUCGUGCCAUACAUAAACUCGACUGACAACUCGAGCAACAGCAUGCUACAGCCCAAUCCCCACGUGAGAAUUUGCUACGAUAAUUUCACCAAAGAGCAGCUGAAAAUUCUACUUCCUGUUCGUCUGGAGCUUUUUCUCAUGCUUUUCUGUAUACCCCUCCUCAUCUGCUGCUUCUGCUACAUUAACUUCAUUCGAAUUCUCUCCAAGCUGCCCCAUCUCGGAAGACGUCGUAGACUCAGGGCCAUUGGGCUUGCGGUUGGGACGCUGUUGGUUUUCACCAUUUCUUUUAGCCCCUAUAACAUCUCGCAUGUGGUUGGUUUCAUCCACGAAAAUAGCGAGGGGUGGCGUCACUUGGCGUUGAUCUCCAGCACCCUAAACGCCUGUUUGGACCCAAUCAUCUUUUAUUUUUCGUCGGCUGCCGUUCGCAGUGCCAUACGAGCAUGCGUUAAUGGUCUGAAAGAGAAACUGCACAUUGUGACAUGCAGAAGAUGCUGUCCUUCUGGCCCUUCCAAAGCUGAGGCCAACAAGGAGACAAACCCACCUAUUGACCUGGGGUGAGCAACGAGACACAGACAGUAUUUCAUUUCACUUAGGACUAUAGGUGUUGUGUGCAUGUACUGGGAAGUUUACUUGAUGAGAGGUAAAUUAAAUCGGUUAUUUGGAUUACACAGAAAAUGUAUUUAUGAGAAGAACUGUGAUGGUCCCCCUCUCCCCCAACAUAAAUGAUCAGAAUAAAAUGUAUUUGAAUUCACCACUUUGUUAGUUCAUUUUGGUUCUGCGGUGUGACUAACUUUAAAAGUACAAAUAGUCUUA